UCUUUCCUUAAUCCAAACUCAUCAGAGUAUGGAGAAGGAUAUAGUGAAAGCAGACAUGUUCAUCUCAUCAAUCUUCUCCCUAUCUUCCACCAAUGCUUCUAGCAUUAGGAGUCCUUCCUAUAGGGGCAUUCUUGUGUGAAUGAGCCCCAUGCUUCCACCCUGGCUCUUAACAUAUUUGCUUCUGUCCCUAUAUAUAACUAGCCCCUGGUGCCAAAGAGGUCAAGACUUUUUAUUCAACCCACUUCAUAUAGAGAAAGCCAUUUUACAGACUAUUCUUGCCUCAUUCCCAGCUACUGACCAAGUGCAAAGUUGUUAACUAUAUGAAUGUUUAUUCCAUAUUUAAUAUGCAGCUAAGGGACUGAAGAUGUACACACUGGACUGCUGAUAAAUCAGCUUUUAUAACUCUUGAGUUUCUCUUGAAACCAUCCAAUUAGUAUGGAGAAGAUUCCAGACAGAGUUGGGCAUAUGGAAAGUCUCCCUACUAAUCCUUAAUACAGCUGUCCUUUUCUUUCCACCCAUAAUUCAUCAAUCCCAGAAAUUUCUCAAAGAAAUUUUCUGUGUAAAGUCUAGAUGACUUCUGAGAACCCUUGUAACUCUAAAUCUGUGAUCCUAUGGAAUUCUCUGUUGAACUAUUUUUUUUAAUGCUUGCCUUCUAUCUUAGAAUCCAUACUACUUAUUGGUUCCAAGGCAGAAGGGUGAUAAAGUCUAGGUAAUUUGGGUUGAGUGAUUUACUCAGUAUCAUAUAGCUAGGAAAUAUCAGAGGUCAAAUUUGAACCCAGGAGCCCCUGUCUUGAGGCCUGACUCUUUAUCUAUUGAACCACCUCUCUCUUGAUUUCUGCCCCCCCCAUUAUUUUAAAAGUCAACUGUCUUUAAUGUUUUAUUAUAGUUUUCAUUUCUAUGUAUAUUAUAUAAGCUCAUGCUCAUAUUUUACCCCUUAAAAAUUGGUUAACUUUUAAUCACUAGUUAACCUACUUUCCCCUAUUUUGGUAAGGGCAGAAACGAAGAAAGAUACAUAAAUAUUAAAGUUCUCUGAGCCAGGUGAUUAUAUCCCCAGCUACCUGGGGGUAGCACAAUGAGUUUUAUUAUUUUUUAAAAACUAUUGGGUGGUCCACAAUGCUUUGAAAGAAGGAAUUGACUGAGAAUUGAUGGCUGUAUAGAUGGAUUGGAUUCCAGAUCAUGCAGUUAGAACUGAAAGGUAACAGAGUUCAAUGAGUUCUUUUUUUUUUUUAAACCCUUACCUUCCAUCUUGGAGUCAAUACCAUGUAUUGGCUCCAAGGCAAAAGAGUGGUAAGGGUAGGCAAUGGGGGUCAAGUGACUUGCCCAGGGUCACACAGCUGGGAAGUGUCUGAGGCCAGAUUUGUACCUAGGACCUCCCGUCUCUAGGACUGGCUCUCAAUCCACUGAGCUACCCAGCUGCUCCCAACAAUUUUAUAGAUAAAAAAGGUUCAGAGAGUUAAGUGAGUUACCCAUGGUCAUAUAGCUACUUGUCUGUGGCAGAAUUUAUACUCAGGUCUUCACUACUAAGUACUCUAUUUACUUUUCACCUAGCUGCCUGGAUAGAUAGAAAAGGUUUUAUCUAGAGAAAUGACUGAGUCUCAGUAUUCAUCUGUUUCUUUCACUAGGUGAUGUUGAACAGAAGAAACAUGGGGCCAUGGCUGAACCAUUCAUUAGUAGGUGACUUCAUCCUUUUGGGCAUCUUCUCACACAGCCAAACUGAUCUUGUCCUUUUCUCUGCUGUCCUGGUGGUCUUUACAGUGGCCUUGGCUGGGAAUAUCCUCCUUCUCUUCCUGAUCUAUAGUGAUGCCCAGCUCCAUACUCCCAUGUACUUUUUCCUUAGCCAUCUCUCCUUUAUGGAUCUCACUCUGAUCUGUACCAUUGUGCCCAAGAUGGCUGACAAUUUCAUACAUGAGAGAAAGUCAAUUUCUUUCAUUGGAUGUGGGCUUCAGAUUGGUCUCUUUGUCACCCUAGUUGGCUCUGAGGGUCUUCUACUUGGCCUCAUGGCUUAUGACCGCUAUGUGGCCAUCAACCACCCAUUACGCUACCAUGUGCUCAUGAGCCAAAGAGUGUGCCUUCAGAUUGUUGGUAGCUCCUGGGCCUUUGGAACCUUAGAUGGGUUGAUCCAAGUAGUGGCAGCCAUGACUUUCCCCUAUUGUGGUUCUCGAGAAGUGGAUCACUUUUUCUGUGAGGUGCCAGCUUUGUUGAAGCUGGCUUGUGCUGACACAUCUCUCUUUGAUACCCUACUUUUUUCCUGCUGUGUUUUUAUGCUCCUCCUUCCUUUCUCCAUAAUUGUGGCUUCCUAUGCCAAAAUCCUGAGGGCUGUGAUCAGCAUGAAUUCUGCCCAAGCCCGACAAAAAGCUCUGACUACCUGUUCUUCCCAUCUGGCAGCUGUCUCUCUCUUUUAUGGGGCAGCCAUGUUCAUCUACCUGAGACCAAAGCGCUACCGUGCUCCUGGUCAUGACAAGAUAGUCUCCCUCUUCUACACAGUCCUCACACCCAUGCUCAACCCUUUGAUCUAUAGUUUGAGAAACCGUGAGGUGAUGGGGGCUUUGAGGAAGAAACUGAAUCGCUGGGUCACUGACUGCCAGAAAUAGCCCAUGUCUCUGCCUGCAGGGAGCCCCCUGAUAUCAAUUUCUCAUACAAGAUAAUACCUUAAGUCCUACAUGAAUGAGAAAAUCUUGUGUUUUCUUAGAUUCUCUGUCUGUCUCUUCUAAAGUGGAGAGAGGGGAAAAAUGACAUUUCAUUUGUCAUUCUUGUUUUGCCAAAUGGGUCUUUAUUUCAUUAAUUCAUGUAAUUAUUUAUAAAAUGCAUAGCUUGUGUGAGGAAAUGUAGUAAGAUUUAAAGUGGAAAUUCCUCCUCCACCUUCACUACCACAUGAUAUCUCAUUUCCUUAGAUGUCUUUAAGUAAGGAUAAAUGACUCCUUUGAGGGUAAAGUUCUGAUUAUAUAUGAAUUGAACCAGAUACUCUCUAAAGUCUGGUCCUGUUAUAAUAGAGGCAAAGAGCUUCUGGGAUGGGUUUUUUCCAUGUGGAGAGCCUAGGAAGACAGUAAUGCUUUAAUAUAUCUCUAUACAGCUAUAUGUAUUUUUUUAAUUUUUAAUUUUUUUUUAAAGAGGAGACCUUGGAUUGUCCCAUCAGGAGCUUGAGUGACCCUUUCUUUUAUCAUCUUUUUUGGGUUUCAUUUGGAUACCACUUAGCUUACUGGGGGUAAGUAAGGAGACAAGUUGUUAAGGACCUCAGUAGCCUCUCCAUUCUGCUUAAUGAAGAAGCUCAAAUCUCCUGAGUGAGUUAUAUAAAGUCUUCAGUAAAGCCUGAAAGCAUCAUUUCUCUGCCAGGAGGUGCUUGAAUAUCUACCAGCUGUGUGUUUCCUAAACAUUUCUAUCCCCUUACCAUUGCAGGUAUGUGUGUGUGGGGGGGCUUUCUGCCCCCAGAAUGAAUCAGUAUUGGUCCCCAGGUCCAGGCUUCAACUUCCCUCCCACCCAAUACAUAGUUUGAAACAAAUUAGAAGCCUCUAAAAACCCAUCAGAUUUGACUUGCUUCAGUGUUGAUCUAGUCCUCUUCAUUACAAGUAUUUCCCUUCAAUAAAGCUGGCUUGCCUUAUUUUAUCUCUCUUGACUGUCUUGCUGCGUAUUCCAUGUUUUCUUGAUGUCCACUUUAGAAUACUAAACUAUUCUUACUCAAAACUAUUAUUUUAUUAAUGUCUUUAAAAAAAUAUGAUUUCCCUUAGUCUCCCUCCCCCAUCUCAUCCCAUUCUUCUCUAACAAAAAGUAUUUUCUUUAAGACAA